GGACACAACAUUGAACUACUUGUUCCAACUCUUUGCUGGUCUCUGCUAGCUCACAGGUAUACAGCAACUAGUCAGAACUGCAAAGGCCACAUGAAAUAUCUUUAAUGGUUAAUUGGGAUCUGUGGAGAAAAACAAUCUUCAAGGAUGUGAGGGUAUGGAAUGCUAAAAGAGAAGGAAGUGCGAACAAAAUCUGACACGAUAGGAAGAAGUGGAAAGGAAUGAAUGGCAGAAAUUGGGAAUCAUCUAUCUGUUCCAAACAUCCAAUGUUCAAAUGAGGACCAGAACCUGAUGGCGAAAGCCUUGUAUGACAACAUACCGGAGUCCCCAGAGGAGCUGGAAUUCCGCAAGGGGGACGUCCUGACAGUCAUCGAGCAGAACACUGGAGGGCUGGAGGGAUGGUGGCUGUGCUCACUCUACGGACGACAAGGCAUCGCGCCAGGCAACCGCUUGAAGCUUCUCAUCGGACCCCUGUUUGAUGGCCAGUCCCCCAGCCAGCAGCCCCAGAUCCAGACCCCCAUGUCCCAGGCAUACCAGCAGCCUGGCUACUCAACGACGCCCAGUCAAAGUCCUGCCUUAAUGGAUUCUCUGUACCAAGUGCCCCCCUCUCAUCAGAACCAACAGGGCAUCUACCAGGUGCCCCCCAGCUAUGCUGCCCAGCCUCAAGAUGUGUACCAAGUGCCUCCCUCAGUACAGAGAGGCCUGAGGGCUGCAGAGGGGCCCUGUAAGGUAGUGACUCCAACUCGUGUGGGGAAUACUUAUGCCUACGAGACUCCCUCACAGUACCAGAAGGACGUCUAUGAUGUUCCCCCAAUACGACCACAAGGGGUGUAUGACAUCCCCCCAGGAAAGCAGAUGGGACCCAUGUUUCCAGGACGCAUGGGCGAACCUCGGACUCAAGGCGUGUACGAUAUCCCACCAGCCGUUCAAGGGGUGUACUCCAUUCCCCCAUCAGCUCUGAAAGAAAAAGAAGGAAACUACGAUUUCCCCCCACCAAUGAAGCUGAAAGCUGAAGGAGUCUAUGAUAUCCCUCCUACUGCCCUUAGUAAAUCUUCUGGACAGUCCAAUUAUGAUUUCCCUCCCAAUUCCGACCUGCUGUCUCACAGCAGUAAUGGGAUUUAUGAUAUUCCACCUGCUCAGAUGCUGGGGAGUCAGCUGGGCUCCCAGAGAGAUGUAUAUGAUAUUCCACGUGGGAUGCAGCCCCCUGGAAAACAAAGGGGCACUAUGGACAGGAUGGCUGGAGAUAGGGGCAAAGGUGUAUAUGACAUCCCCCCUCAGGUCUCCCAAGAAUCCAAAACUUUGCACGACAUGACUGAUGGAAUCAAUCGGUUAUCCAUCUCCAGCACUGGCAGCACAAGGAGCAACAUGUCCACUUCCUCCACCACCUCCAAGGAGUCCUCAAUCUCCAACUCCCCAGUGCCAGAGAAUAAGCUUCUCUUGGACUUGGACACGGCCAUUCAAAGGAAUGCUUGGCUCCAGCGGUCUGUCGAGGUCUCCAUCUUGGGUCUCAUGGGCUACACUUCCCCAAACUGGAGAUCGUAUGACUACAUGGAGAAGCACAUGAAUGAGAUCCGUGCUGCCAUUGACAAGGUGAAGCAGAGCCUCGCUGACUUUCUGAACUUUAGCAAAGGAGCAGUGGCAAACGCUUCCGGACUUUCUGAUCUCACUUUACACAACAAGCUGAAAAAACAACUCCAGAGACUGGAGGACUCCAGCCAGAUCCUGUCACAGACCAGCCGAGCCUUAGACGCCUGCAGCUGGUCUUUAAACAUGCUUGUCACCAACAAGGCCCAAAGCAAGAGCGACGAUCUAGACCGCUUCCUCAUGGUAUCAAGGACAGUCCCAGAUGAUGUCAAACAACUGUCAUCUUCUAUAAGCACGAAUGCUGAGCACCUGUUUAAGAGAGCUCCCAAUGGGUCUUUUUCUAAUGCCAGCAGAGAGGAAAGCAGCCCAACAGACUAUAUAUACAAUAGCCCACAACCACAGAAGGGCCUGCCAAACAUCGAUGAGACACCUAACAGCAAUGGAAGUGAGCAGUGUGUCAAGAGCUGGAUGGAGGAUUAUGACUAUGUUCACUUGCAGGGCAAAGAGGAAUUUGAAAGGCAGCAGAAAGAGCUUUUAGAAAAAGAAAACAUCAUAAAGCAGAACAAGAUACAGCUGGAACAGGAGCAGCUGAAUCAGUUUAAACAACUGGAGAAGGAGGUCAUCAAGCCUGUGGAAAAUGACAUCUCCACGUGGAGCGCGCCUCAGAGCCUCCUUUACACGAAUGGCGGGCUCUGCACAAAGGACAAGCAGCUGCUUUUCUUCUACUCUGAGCAGUGUGAGACACACUUUGUCACCCUGCUGAACGCCAUCGAUGCUUUCUUCAGCUGCAUCAGUGCCGGGCAGCCCCCUCGGAUUUUUGUGGCUCACAGCAAGUUUGUCAUUCUGAGCGCCCACAAACUGGUCUUCAUUGGAGACACGCUGUCAAGGCAAGCAGCCACCCUGGAAAUCAGGAACAAGGUGAUGGACUGCAGCAAUCUCCUGUGCGAAAACCUCAAGACCGUUGUGGCAGCCACCAAAAUGGCCGCCCUUCACUAUCCCAGUACUGCGGCCGUACAGGAAAUGGUGGACCAGGUUACAGGACUUUCCCAUCAGGCUCAGCAGUUUAAAGUACAGCUGGUGCAGAUGGCUUCGUUGUAAGAAGGAGUCAGAUCAAAGAAGUUGAACAUUUUGUUUAAGGGAAGCAACAAGAAGGCUCCCCAUUUCUUUUGUACAUCUGAGCUUGUAUUUUUGUGUAGGUUGUUUUUUACAUUAAGGACUUUCUGAUCUAGGAAGCAAAGAUGUCUUGUAACAUUUUCAGUACACUUUCUUUCAUUUUAAGCACCUUAUUUGUCUUCCAUUUUAUUUGUAGGUUAAUGUGUUUAUCUAUAUGUGCCAUUAUGUUACUGGAAAUAUACUCUUUUAUGUAAAUAA